AUGGAGAGGAAAACAGUGCCAAAAUCGACUCUGAAAGUGCCCAUAAACAGACGCAAACUGAAAGAAACUGAAAAGGCUCGUCGAGUAACUUUUUACCGAAAUGGUGACUAUUUUGAUGCAGGAGUCAAAGUUGCCCUCAGAGGAUCUAGACCAUUUCCCACUUUGCCUCACCUUCUUGAUUACCUCAGCCAAAAGUCGCGCAUGCCUGCCAAGAAGCUUUUUGCGGCUACAGAUGGCCGUCCGAUUAAAUCCCUGGAGCAACUGGAAGAUGGUGCAUUUUAUGUCAUAUCUUCAGAUGGAAAAUUCGAGUCUUUGCCGUAUGGCUCAGUGCCCCCACCGAAAACGUCACAUGUCGCUGAUGCACUGCCAGUCAGACAAGAAGAUUUACAAUUGUUUCGCCCGGCGUCACGAACUCUUGGGAAGAAGAAAAAGAAGAAAAAGAAAGAAAUUGAACAAUUGCUCGAUCAGCCAAUAGGCCGUCGAGAAGGACGCCUUCUGACCAUCGCUGCCAGGGAAGGAGGAGCCAGAGCGACUUUACUUUUCAACGAUCGAAAUCCACCCCCUUUCGAAGACGUACUUCGGGAUUUCGGCCGGGCUUUGGGACUGGGCCAUGUCCACAAGAUGUCCACACCUUCCGGACGACAAGUUCGAAGUAUAUCGCAACUAAAAAAUGAAUUUCAAGAUGUCGACACUUUCUUCCUUGAUGAGACAAGCGAUGAUUUGAGUAUAGCGGAUGAGAAAAGACUACAUUAUUCCCCAAAUCGAUGGAAACCUCCUGAAAGCAAAUCAGCUGUUUCUACCAGAAGAAGCGAAAUCCCUGUCCGGAAAACAGAAAUCAGAACAUCUCGAUUGCAUUUGGAUUGGAUCGGAGGAGAGUUAAUAGUACUCGAUAGUGGUGAGCUCGUGUAUGCAGUCGGUGCAGCUGUUGUCUUGUACAGAAGAACAGACGAUUCUCAAAGGCACUACUUGGACCACACAGAAGAUGUUUGCAGUCUCUGUGUCCAUCCGUCUGGACGCAUGAUGGCUUCUGGACAGAUAUCGUCUGCUUAUCGGGGAGCUGCUGUGAAUAUUUGGCUGGUGCAAUCGUUACAGACAAUAGCCUCCGUAGUUAGACUGGCAGGAAAUCCUAUAUCUAUAGCAUUCUCAUCUCACGAUUUUAUCUUGCUGAGUAUUGAAGCUGGACAAGAAGAAGACUGUUUGACAUUCUGGGAUUGGGAGAGCGACGCUCUUCUAGCACGAGUAGAGAUGCGAAAAGAAAGGUUAACAGGAGGGGCCUUCCAUCCUCAAGAGCCGGACUUAGCUGCAACUUUUGGCGAACACCACCUGGCAUUCUGGAGGAAACGACAGGAUGGCCUUCUUGCAAGAAUAGACGCACUAUCACCGGGCCAUUCAGGAAGAACUAUCCUGUCUUGGGCAUUUAUCGGUGAAUCUAGUUUAGCAGUAGGAGAUUCCAGUGGAUACUUAACAUUGUGGGCGCUCUUGCCAGGAGAUGCCUUUCGAAUUUUAAAAGAAGUUCGAGCUCACCAGAGUGAAGUGAGAUCACUUCUGGCAAUGCGAGAAGGUACUCUUAUAUCUGGUGGAGACGACCAAAUCAAAGCGUGGGACUCUCGUCAGAAACUUUUACAUCUGGAAACCACGGGGGUGAGUUAA